AUGGUGCACUGUGCCGGCUGCAAAAGGCCCAUCCUGGACCGCUUCCUCUUGAACGUGCUGGACAGGGCCUGGCACGUCAAGUGCGUCCAGUGCUGUGAAUGUAAAUGCAACCUGACCGAGAAGUGCUUCUCCCGGGAAGGCAAGCUCUACUGCAAGAACGACUUCUUCCGGUGUUUCGGUACAAAAUGCGCGGGCUGCGCACAGGGCAUCUCCCCUAGCGACCUGGUGCGGAGAGCGCGGAGCAAAGUGUUUCACCUGAACUGCUUCACCUGCAUGAUGUGUAACAAGCAGCUCUCCACCGGCGAGGAGCUCUACAUCAUCGACGAGAACAAGUUCGUCUGCAAAGAGGAUUACCUAAGCAACAGCAGCGUCGCCAAAGAGAACAGCCUCCACUCGGCCACCACGGGCAGUGACCCCAGUUUGUCUCCGGACUCCCAAGACCCGUCGCAGGACGACGCCAAGGACUCGGAGAGCGCCAACGUCUCGGACAAGGAAGGGGGCAGCAACGAGAAUGACGACCAGAACCUGGGCGCCAAGCGGCGGGGGCCCCGCACCACCAUUAAAGCCAAGCAGCUGGAGACGCUGAAGGCUGCCUUUGCCGCGACGCCGAAGCCCACGCGCCACAUCCGCGAGCAGCUGGCUCAGGAGACGGGCCUCAACAUGCGCGUCAUUCAGGUCUGGUUCCAGAACCGACGCUCCAAGGAACGGAGGAUGAAGCAGCUGAGCGCGCUGGGCGCCCGGCGCCACGCCUUCUUUCGCAGUCCGCGCCGAAUGCGGCCGCUCGUGGACCGCCUGGAGCCGGGCGAGCUCCUCCCCAACGGGCCCUUCUCCUUCUACGGAGAUUACCAGAGCGAGUACUAUGGGCCCGGAGGCAACUACGACUUCUUCCCGCAAGGCCCCCCGUCCUCGCAGGCUCAGACACCAGUGGACCUACCGUUCGUGCCGUCGUCCGGGCCGUCCGGGACGCCCCUGGGCGGCUUGGAGCACCCGCUGCCCGGCCACCACCCGUCGAGCGAGGCGCAGCGGUUCACCGACAUCCUGGCGCAUCCCCCUGGGGACUCGCCCAGUCCCGAGCCCAGCCUGCCGGGGCCUCUGCACUCAAUGUCGGCCGAGGUCUUCGGGCCAAGCCCGCCCUUCUCGUCGCUGUCGGUCAACGGCGGGGCGAGCUAUGGGAACCACCUGUCUCACCCUCCCGAAAUGAACGAGGCGGCCGUGUGGUAG